UUGGUAGUAUCUCUGUGUAGUAUGUUCUUGGAAUUAUUAACAUUUGUAAACAUUGUGUGUUAACCUGAAACACUUUAAUAUUUAACCGGCAAGAACAUGUCUAAAACAGCAGGAAGACUAAAAAAUAUGAGAAAAAUGGCAGAAAAAGUCGUGCAUAGCAGUAAACUACGAACCAAUGUUCCAGCGGGAAUGGCAGCCGCUGGACCUCCUCUGGGCCCGAUGUUAGGUCAGCGAUCUAUAAACAUUGCAGCUUUCUGCAAAGAUUUUAAUGAAAGGACAAAGGAUAUGAAAGAAGGCAUUCCAAUACCAUGCAGGGUCUCUGUAAAUCCUGAUCGAAGCUACGAGCUGGUCAUGCACAAGCCUCCUGCAACAUUUUACUUGAAGCAGGCAGCUGGAAUUCAACGUGGUGCAAUGUCUCCUGGUCAAGAAGUGUGUGGGAAGAUUACACUGAAGCACCUAUACGAGAUUGCGAAGAUAAAGUCAGAAGACCCUCCUCUGGAGUGUGUCUCGCUGGAAGACAUCUGCAAGAUGAUGGUGGGAAUAGCCUGCUCGUGUGGGAUAGAGGUAGUGAGGGAGCUGGACCCAGAGGAGUACGGGCAGUUCCUGGAGGAACGCAGAACUGUUGUGGAAGAACAGCUGAAGGAGCUGCAGGAGAAGAAAGAGGCCCGGCUGCUGCGGACAGCCUAGUUCAUCACACAGGGAUGGUACUCGAUCUAGUUAACAUGGCAGUUAGUUUUACAUGAACUGCAGUGUCGUUUAUCAUCUGUUCUGUAAUAGUAGUAAUUUUUGAUUUAUAAUAAUCCAUUGCUAAUCCAAGUGUUGACAGUGGGAAUAAGUUAUGGUUUUUAUAUUAAAAAUCGUGCAGUACAACAAUUAUUUAAUUAUAUAAUUAAAUAAAUACUGUUGCAUCAGAAUUUAACAUGCAUCUUCUUAUCUUCCAUACCAUUUUGAUGAAUAAUGUUCGCAGGCUUUCACUGCUAUUGUCUGAAGUAGCUUGGCUUCUGGGUUGUAGCCAUGUCCUUGGCAAAUAAUUCACCGACGUUUCGGUCGACAUUGCAGUCACCAUCAUCACGGAGCAGUUACCUACUGCUCCCUGCUCCCUGAUGAUGGCGACUGCAAUGUCGACCGAAACGUCGGUGAAUUAUUUGCCAAGGACACGGCUACAACCCAGAAGCCAAGCUACCCCAUUUUGAUGAAUCCUGUCAUUUAUUUUGUAAUGGUCGGUAACAAGAAAUUGUUGUACUAAGAAAAAUUGUACAUUUCAAGCAUGACUUUUUUGUAAAGAAGAUUGUAACGGAGAUAAAUUAUUUACUAAUUUAUUAAACUUUUCCUGUUAUGGUAAAGAUUUCAAUUUUGACCUGCUUUUGGUGUAAUUCUCACAAUUUUUUUUUUUUACAUAUUUUAUCCAAAAUGUCCUGUUGGAUUUUUCUACAAUUUCAUCAAAAUCAAUAUACCUAGAUAUGCAUCAACUGACUUAACACUCAACAUAUGCAAAACAGCAGUUAUGAAAGUGUACCAUGUAAACUUUCACAUAUUGCUCACCAGUGUACAUGCUUGUGUCUGUAAUAUUUAUAGGAAUUUUAUUACAUUAUUUGAGCUUGCAUCAAGGCUCAAAUUUACAAUGAAUAUUAAGUGUAAUUCCUUGUGUUCACAUAGUCGCUUGAAUCUCUGGUAUAUAUUACAAAUCUAUUGAAUGGGAUAGAAAAAAUCAUUUAAAAGAAACUCACAAUUUAUUUGCAUCAGUAAGUACAAUAUUAACAAACAUUGUUCUUUACAAACAUUUACAACCUAACCUAACCAAAAACAUUACUUUGCUCUUUAAAUUUUUUCCUGUCUUUAACUGUAGCUUUUUUCCUUUGCUUUUGUAUGUGCUUUUUCAGCUUUCCUUGCUCUUUAAGUUCCUUAAAUCUCUCCACCAGCUGUAGUACACGUUUCUCGGCUGAAAAAAAAAAUUAUACAUCAUAUGAAUCAACUUAGUUUAUGUACUGAAACUAAGUUAGUAUUACAAUUUGUAUGCUAGUAGUAAUAUAGGUUACUCUAUAUAAGCUACCAUAUAUUUGAAAAUCAUAUUCAAACAGUUUUCACGCUGUUUUCAUAAUUUUUUAAUUGCAUAAUUAUAUCCCAUACAACCAUUAAAUUACUGUAUUUUUUUUUCCUGCAAAUUUUAGACAAU